AUGGUGCCAGACCUGUCUCAACUCUGCUCUUCUAAGAGGCAGGCAGAUGGGAAUGUUCCCAGUGAAACCACUGCUGCAAAGCAUCCAUGUGGAUCACCAAUACCCAGAGAGGAUUCCACUGAAGCACAAUCACAACCACACAAAACAGCAGCUUUAGAUUCUGGUGAUUAUCUGGACACUGGCAGCAAUCAUAGCUUUGCAGAUCAAGAGAACAUAAACCCAGCCAACAAAGGCCAGCCAGCAGAUCCAGUUAGCAAUGACUGGUCAGCAGAUCCAGUUGACAGCAGCCCACCAGCAGAUCCACCUGAUGACAACCAAUCAGAAACUCCAGUUGGCAUCAGCCCACCAGCAGACCCAGUUGACAAUGACCAGCAAGCAGAUCCACCCAACAACAACCAACCACCUCCAACAACCCCCAACCCUCUGUCUGGCCUCAACCUGGAUGAGCUUGCACACAUGGCAUGCUUGCCCAAACUCCAGUGGAGUAUGGCCUUCAUCCAAGCAAUCUGA